UGCAGAAAAGGGGAAUGGGAGAGAAGAACACUAGAGCGAGAAAUAUCAGCUGAAAACUAGAUUGUUGAUCAGCAAUUUCUGCUGCUUUCUUAAUCUUAGGCAGAAGUAAUAUGCAAUUUAGGUUAGAGAAUGAAGUUGUUUUUAUUACUUAAAAGUGAUGUGUAAAAUUCCGCCGUCGUCAAGUGAAAUCAGUUUGUGAAGAUGGAAGAAUUGUUGAAUAAUAAGACAUUCGCGGUGCACGCCGCCGCUGCGGCUACCUCCGUGGCCCUAGGCACUGCCGUGACAUACCCGCUGGAUACUCUCAAAGUCUUGAUGCAGGUUGGCUCCACUCCGCUCACUGCAGCUGAUGUUUAUUACAGAGUGCGAGUUUUAUCGGGAUAUUCAGGUUUGUAUAAUGGCGUUGGAUGGCUGACUUUGGGAAGGACAUUGGGUCUCGGUGUUCGAUUUGGCAUUUAUGAGAUAUUGACCGCAUUCUACAAGGAUGGUCGUGAGGAUGAUCAUUUACUUCUCUCUGAGGCUCUACUGGCAGGAUUUGCUUCUGGAACAGUCGAAUCACUUAUAAGCUCUCCAUUUGAAAUGAUUAAAGUUCGUGCUCAGGUUGCUUCUGCUUCUGGCCUAACGCCCCCGCCAUCUAUUGUUGAAAAGAGUGCCGUUCCUCCUUUAGUUUCGAGAUUACUUCCCAGAUAUUCCUUGGAUAUCAAUGCAAUGAGCAAAUCCAUGGGCCUUCUAUCCACCCUAACCAAUAGGAAUGGAAACAUAUUGGAUUCCUUGAAAGAAUACCCAUGGAUGAUGACAGGAUCUGGGAAACCACCUCCUGUUAGCAAUGUUCGAACCUUAUCAGAAAUUGUUUCUUUGGAAGGAUGGACGGCUCUCUGGAGAGGUUAUAGAUCUGGUAUAGUGAGAGAUUCCAUUUUUGGUGGCUUAUUUUUUGGGAGCUGGCAAUUUUUACACCAAGUCAUGAUCAACUGGAAAGCUGUGAAUAUGGAUCCUAUGCCAAGGUAUGACAGUGAAGUUGGUCCAUUAUCGCCAGUAGCUGUUAGUUUUUCUGCUGGAGUUUCUGGUGCCUUUGCUGCAGCUGUUUCACAUGGUUUUGAUACCACUAGAAGUCGAUCACAAUGCACUAUUUUACCUAAGUACUUAUCCUUGGAGAGGAAAUUUUUGAAGUGGCGUAAAUCAGGGAAUAGAUUUGAGAGGCUCACUGGAAUUCAUCCAGCUGACAGAAAUUUACUGCUGAAUGGCAUAGGGUUGAGGAUGGCCCGUACUGGACUUGCAUCAUCUGUCAUCGCUGGAAGCUACUAUUUUGCUAUCAAUAACCUGAUGUCGAGUUAAAGAACCCUUUAAUUACAAGAUUCAAAUUAAAACCUUAUAUUUAGAAUUUUGAGUGGGUUAACGUGCAAGGGAAAAAAAAUCCUUGAAUGCUUCUUAUUGCGACCAGAUACAGAUAUGCUUGAGUAAAUUUGGUUGUUCAGUAACAAAUACGCAAGAUUACACUUUGGUGGAGUUUACCUUCCCUUCAUAAUGUCAGGUUCAUAUAUCCUUUUUGGUGGAUGCAAUCUUAUCUUUAUUGCUUUUGUCUUA